CAAAAAAAAAACUAGUUUUGUUAAAUUAUUGGGCUUGGCUUAAACUAGGCGAAUGAUAGAUUGUAAACCUGUUAAUGUCACUACAGCUUUCGUCUAUCGAAGAGCUUCUAGAUCGGGACUAUUCUAUCACCUCCGAAUUCCUAAAUCUUUGCUCCGCUUCCCGUUCAGGAGAAUGAGAAUAGUGGGUCUAACGGGAGGCAUAGCGUCUGGGAAGAGUACAGUCUCCAACCUCUUCAAAGCUAAUGGCAUUCCUGUUGUUGAUGCUGAUGUCAUUGCUCGUAAUGUACUGAAGAAAGGAAGUGGUGGAUGGAAGAGAGUAGUUGCAGCUUUUGGGGAGGAGAUUCUUCUUCCUAGUAGAGAAGUUGAUCGGCCAAAGCUUGGUCAGAUGGUCUUCUCUUCAGAUUCCAAGCGCCAGCUUCUCAACAAGUUAAUGGCUCCGUACAUAUCAUCUGGUAUCUUUUGGGAGAUCCUGAAACAAUGGGUCAAAGGAGCUAAAGUGAUAGUUGUCGAUAUCCCAUUGCUGUUCGAAACUAAGAUGGAUAAAUGGACAAAACCCGUUGUUGUUGUGUGGGUUAGUCAAGAAACACAGCUCAAUAGACUGAUGGAGAGAGAUGGACUGAGUGAGGAAGAUGCAAGAAACAGAGUGAUGGCUCAGAUGUCUUUGGAUUUGAAAAGAAGCAGAGCGGAUAUUGUGAUUGAUAAUAAUGGCGGUCUUGACGAGCUCCACCAACAGUUUGACAAGGUUUUGUCUGAGAUCAGAAGACCAUUGACAUGGAUUGAGUUUUGGCGUUCAAGGCAAGGCGCCUUCUCGAUCCUUGGUUUGGUGACUUCUGGACUACUUGUUUGCAAACAACUCAAUUAGCUCUUACCAUUUUAUAUUUUUCUUUCUUUCAAACUGUUUUAACUCGAGUGUUCUUGUUGAGGUUUGGUCGAUUUUAAGCUGCUGGAAAGAUGGUAUUGCCGUGUGGAGGCUAGG